AUGUUAGAAGUGCGUUAUUCUGUGCAACGAAAUGCUCAGAAAAGCAGGGAGCCUGCCUAUCAUUUGCAUGGAAUAAACAAACGCUCAAAUGUUUGUUCCCUUCAAAGUAUCGCAGUUGAAAAGCCGACAGAACAAUCCUCCACCUUCCAGUUGUACAAUUCAAGUCUGGCCGUGGAUGGUAAUAGAUCUAGAGAUACUGACAUUGACGGUAACUCGUGUAGCCAUACAGGUAUAUCUGAUGACGAACCUUGGUGGAGGGUGGACCUCAACAUUUAUUACAUCGUAACAGUUAGAAUGGUCAACCGCGGAAUGGAUAGGUACGGAACUGAUGUGUCUGAUCGCCUUCGUAACGUUACCAUAGCAACCGGUGAGACUGUUUCAAAUAUCUCAACGCUUUGUGGUUUUUAUACUGGACCUGGGUCACUUGGUGAAGAGGUCACUAUUGACUGCGCCCCCUCAACCACCGGACGCUUCCUCCAAAUCUCCUUGGUUACCGCUGGUCUGACUCUGUGUGAAGUUGACGUAUUUGGUAUUCCAAUGUAAAAUUCAAGACUCCAUAUACAUGUAUAACUUAAGUCCAAGAUUUAAUUUUGAUAUCGUUGACAGCUGCUUAUUCAAUAAAAAUGGAAAUCGUAAAUUUA